ACCACCACCACCACCACCACCACCACCACCACCACAACCACUAUGUAUUCGGGCCCCACGGUCGGGUACCUAACCAGAUGUGGCAACGAUGAUGAUGAUGAUGAUGAUGGUGAUGACGAUGACGAUGGUGAUGACGAUGACGGUGGUGACGGUGAUGAUGCUGAUGAUGAUGACUAUGGCCGAAGCAAAAGCUUCGGGAGAUGAAUCAACGACCGACGGACGCCACGCCCCCGCGUCGUUCAUACGAGCUCGGGAGUUUUCGGCCGGACAAAUUCCGCCCAUCGGAAUGUUGCCGAGUGAUGACCUGUGUCGUGGCAAGAAUCGCCAUCCAGAAUGUACUCUACCCAGUUAGUUAUCGUACGUGUUUGGGAUUAUUCCGGAUGGUACAUCACAUAAACGUCUUUUUUUUUUAUGAACGCGACGCAAUUGAUAGUAGGUAUGAUACAUUGCUGACAG